UUGUCAAAACAUCGAAAUUUAAAAUUUGCAAACAUCGAAACGUCGUGAAAUGUACAUUAGUAAUAAUAUAAACUAUUCCUUUGAAACAUUAUUCAAAACUUUAUGUGGCGUUCUUAUCAUAAAUAGCUGAUACUAUAUACAGGAAAGUCGCCAUUAUUUAUAUUUCGAAGGGACAAUAAUUCAUUUAUUUAAAAAGCUUAGACAAUACAAAUCAAAAUCAGGUGAUAAGAUAUGCUAAACGAUUAAGUAUACAAACGUGUUAUAUUAACUUAGUAGCAUAAUUAAUUAGUUAUGGAUUACGAAAGAAGUGUGUGUCCUGUUUUGAAGAACCCUCAAAGUUAUGAUCCAGAUACAAUUGACUUGCAAAAUGAUAUCAAACAAAGAGAAUAUUGGUUGACAUGUCUGGAUCAAAUGAUCAAAAAAUUUAUACCAAAGGCGUCAAUUCUAAAUCCUGAAGAUUUACAAGCUACCGAAAAGGCUGAAAAAAGUUACCAAACUUUCCAUAUGUUGACUGAACAGUUGAAAGAUAAUCCUAGAUUAUUAAACCCUCUUAGUGUCAGAACUCUACUGGAAUUCAAUGAAGAUAAUCUCAGAACAAACAAUUUUAAAGAUGCUUGGUCGAUUCAGAAACAAAAAGAAACUGCCUUAGCCUUCAAUAAAUUUUCUGCCAGAUUAAAAUAUAUAGAUUCCAUUGAACCAUUCAGAGAUAGAUGGUUAGAAGUAGUAAAAGGUGUUUUAGCGGGAAACGUAUUUGAUUGGGGAUCCAAAGUAGUUUCUGAAAUGUUAGAAAAAUCACCAAAUUUUGAUCUACUUGAUGCCAUGAAAACAAUUCAACCUCGUCCUUGGUUCAAAGACGACUUUGAAUUGUUUGUUAAUAAAAUAGAGACUUGUCCAUAUAAAAAGGUUGUGAUAUUUGUAGAUAAUGCUGGAAUAGAUUUUGUAUUAGGAAUUCUGCCAUUUGCAAGAGAAUUAUUAAAACUUGGCACCAAAGUUAUCUUAGUUGGGAAUACCUUGCCUGCUCUGAACGAUGUGACUUUCAAGGAACUCAAGUCAUAUUUGGUGGAGGCUUCCCAUCAGUGCGGUAUAUUCAGGAAUGCUUUAAAUGAAAAUAGAUUACAGUGUUUAGAAAAUGGCCAAAGGGGACCAUGUCUUGACUUAACUAGUUUACCUGAAGAAUUGUGCGAGACAAUGCUCACAACUGACUGCGUUAUUAUUGAAGGAAUGGGUAGAGCUGUGCAAACUAACUUUUACGCUACUUUCACCAUUGACUGUCUUAAAUUGGCUGUUUUGAAGAAUGAGUGGUUGGCAAAAAGCCUUGGGGCUUCUCAAUUUUUUGUGAUAUGCGAUUUCCAAAUAGCAACAAGCAGUACCUGAUUAGUCAGUAGUUAGAAAUCAUUCAUUUAAUUGUCUACUCAAUUCUCUUAGUUUAUUUACAUUAUAUUUAGAGUAUCAUAUACACUGAAUGUGAUUAUUGAAUGACUGAUUUCUCUGAACAAUUUUUCAAGACUUCAAGAACUCAAUCAAAAUUUUUUGUGAAUUUUUAUUGAAUGAACAAAUAUAUAUGAAAAAACUUGGUGAAAUAAAAUAUUUAUACAUACA